AUGAUAUCCCCCACACUCAAAUACGGUAGGCGACAAGCCGUUGGCCGACUACUACAGCAAUGGAUCGAAUGUCCAGAAACCGACCUGUCUGUGCAAUUAUGUCCAAUUCUACCUUCUAAGCUGAAAUUCAAAGACUUCGAGAAGUCCAAGCAACUUGAAAUAGACACGGACACGCCUGCUUAUCUUCCACUCCAGAUUGAACACGAAUUUGGAGACCUCGAAAUAAUGGGACCAACCGGUGGCGCAUGGGAAAAGGUCCACAUAGCUGAAUCUGACGCUCCACUAAACCCUGAACGCCAGGAGAUCAGUACCUGGGAAGGGCUAAUUGCGCCCGGGGUAUUAAUUGUUGAAGAAAUAAAGAGAACAAAGGGUGUAUAUAUGUCGGAAGUCUGCCAAGCCAUUUACCAGAACCACUUCCCGAUUGAUACCUUGAAGUAUGUCUAUAUGCUCGAUGUUUGCAAUAACGAUACCCGUUCGUUUGUCAGGGACGAGCUUUAUACCGAAUAUAAUGGCCUCGCUUGGCCGGAUCAGCAGAUACGUGAUUGGGUAUCUGGAACCCCGGAAUUUGAAGCGUUGCUAGGGACCAAACUUGGACAGACUGUGGCACAUUUGGUCUUGGGGGCCUUUAAACGUGGAACUCGCCGAAUUUCACGGGUCAGAAUCUAUGAUUCGUUUGAAGCCUUGCAAUUACAGUUUGCUAUUGAAGAGAUUGAGCAUAUUGUUCCGACUUACAACCCGGCUCAAAAUCCUUUGGCUCGUAGUACAAGGUCGAUAUCACGCCGCCUCCGAAACAUCGAGUCGAGGAAGCGUAAGGUGGUCUGGGAUGAAGAGACUAAAGGAAAGAAAAUUCGGAUUCAAUGA